GGACGGUGCGAUGCUCUGGGUCGCUACCGGGGCAGCUGGCCGGCUUCCUGGGGUAGCGGUAUAGGCGGGCGCUUCCUCUGCGCGCUCCUUCCCCUUCCCCUGCUCCAGCCAUGCGCCCGGCCUUCGCGGUGGGCCUGGUAUUUGCAGGCUGCUGCAGUAACGUGAUCUUCCUAGAGCUCCUGGCCCGGAAGCACCCAGGAUGUGGGAACAUCGUGACAUUCGCACAGUUUUUAUUUAUUGCUGUGGAAGGCUUCCUCUUUGAAGCUGAUUUAGGAAGGAAGCCACCAGCUAUCCCCAUAAGGUACUAUGCUACAAUGGUAGCCAUGUUCUUCACCGUCAGCGUGGUGAACAACUAUGCCCUGAAUCUCAACAUCGCCAUGCCUCUGCAUAUGAUAUUUAGAUCUGGUUCUCUAAUUGCUAACAUGAUUCUCGGAAUUAUCAUUUUGAAGAAAAGAUACAGUAUAUUCAAAUACACCUCCAUUGCCCUGGUGUCUGUGGGGAUAUUUAUUUGCACUUUCAUGUCAGCAAAACAGGUGACUUCCCAGUCCAGCUUGAGUGAGAAUGAUGGAUUCCAGGCAUUUGCGUGGUGGUUACUAGGUAUUGGGGCACUGACUUUUGCCCUUCUGAUGUCAGCAAGGAUGGGCAUAUUCCAAGAGACUCUAUACAAACAAUUUGGGAAACAUUCCAAGGAGGCUUUGUUUUAUAAUCACGCCCUUCCGCUUCCUGGCUUCAUCUUCUUGGCUUCUGAUAUUUAUGACCAUGCAGUUCUAUUCAAUAAGUCUGAGUUGUAUCAAGUUCCGGUGCUCGGGAUGACGAUGCCCAUCAUGUGGUUCUACCUUCUCAUGAACGUCAUCACUCAGUACGUGUGCAUCCGAGGCGUGUUCAUCCUCACCACCGAGUGCGCCUCACUCACUGUCACGCUCGUCAUGACCCUGCGCAAGUUCGUCAGCCUCAUCUUCUCCAUCUUGUACUUCCAGAACCCUUUCACUCUGUGGCACUGGCUGGGCACCCUGUUUGUCUUCAUCGGGACCUUAAUGUACACAGAGGUGUGGAACAACCUAGGGACCACAAAACGACAGCCUCAGAAGGAUGUCAAGCAGAACUGAGGUCUGCCUGGAGGAGAGAGCGGUGCUGCGGGGAGGGAAGGGUCUGGCCAGGGUCUAGCCACCAUGUCAUUGUGUUAAUGCUGAAUUUCCCUUGGCGUUGAAUCAAACAUGCACCAGAGAAUCUCAGGAGGAGGCAGCUUCUCGACUUUCUCAUGGCUGUGCAGACCAACAUUUGUAGACUCUGAGUAGAAAUCCCUCAACCCUAACACAGAGAGAAGAGAUCUGUACU